CUCAAUGUGGGUAAGAAUGAUCUGUUGACCUUUUACGACGGUGAUGACCUAACAGCUAACAUCCUGGGUCAGUACAGUGGCACCAGGCCUCGCUUCAAGCUCUACACCUCCAUGGCUGAUGUCACCAUCCAGUUCCAGUCGGACCCUGCUACCAACAUCUACGGCUACGGCAACGGCUUCGUGGUCCACUUCUUUGGUGAGACAUUAUUACUCAGACUGUUUAGUUGUACCUGCACACAGUUUUCUGAGAAAUACUUUAAUGGAAGAAUCCUUGGAAGAUGGCUUGAUAGAAAAAAAUAAAACCUCCUUCUCCUGGCUGUGGCAAAAUUGUCUAUACAGUACACAGAAUUCAGUGUUGUUUUUUUUACUAUCACAGGCAAAAAAUAUAUAUAACUUUUCCUUGGCUGAAAAGAGAGCCUCCAACAAGAGGCUGCUGGUAGCAACCAGUUAGAGAGGGAGAUUAUUACUAAAUACAAAGUAAUACCAUGCAGGGAGAAUGGCAGGAUACACGAUGAAAAGCAGGGCUUUAUCUGCUGUCUUCUCCCUCUGAACGGCCACAGGUGCAUAGGAUUAUGGGACAUCAAACACAAAAACACAAUUAUGUGGCGCGCUUUGUCUACAUCAGCUGUAUUUGCUGCGUGCUGCACCCCCAGCCGUGUGUGCCAUAGUGAAAGAAGAAAAGGGCAGAAUGCGUAGUGCCAAACCACCCACUGCCCUCCCCCUGGCUGGCACACAGUGCAGUGUGCAAUAACUGCAAAUUGAUGGCAUGCUCUUCACACGCCAGAGCCUAAUUCACAUGCAGAACGCACCACUGGAUUCCCUGUGCCUGUCACUGCUGUGCUGCUGAACUCAAUUCUAAUUUAUAUGUUUUAUCAACCAUGCAUAUCAGUACAGUCAUAGCAUUUGGGCUUUACUUGCUGUGUAUAAAUCAACCGAUUUGUAGAUUUGAUAAGUCUAUAUCAUUAGAGCAAUCAAACAGUAUAAUUUAAAUUUAAAUGUACUUUCUUUUUCAGAUUAAUGGAUAACCCAUGUGCAGAUUUUUGACAAAGAUAACAUCUCAACAUCCCCUGCUCAUUCUCUCUUCUUUCCCCUCUAUCUCCAAAUCCCUCCAUCCUACCCUGGCCCCUGGCUCCCCACCCACAGAGGUCCCCAGGAACGACACAUGCUCUGAGCUGCCAGAGAUCACCAAUGGCUGGAAGAGCACCUCCCACCCAGACCUGAUCCACGGGACAGUGGUCACCUACCAGUGUUACCCAGGUUACGAGGUGCAGGGCUCUGAGAUCCUCAUGUGCCAGUGGGACCUGACGUGGAGCGGAGACAUGCCAAGCUGUGAG